AGUCAAAUAAGAGGGUGUGCGGUGCAACCGACCACUUUAGGCUGUUCACAAUGUUCUGAUGGCUAUUUUUCAUAUCAAAAUUCGUGUGCAAAGUGUAAUGAAAAUUGUAGUACUUGUUACUCCUUAAAAGAGUGUCUUACAUGUUCUGAAGAUCGCGUCUUAAUAUCAGGAAAUUGUUAUUCAAAAGAAGAUAUUCAACAUUGUUCUUCUGUAAUUAAUUCUAAAUGCAAUAAAUGCUCUUUCUGGCACUCUCCAAACAAGAACGGGGAAGUCUGUGACUCACAACCCGAAGCCUGGUUUAUAGUAAUUUUAAUAGUAAUUAUACUAUUAAUUAUACUAUUACUAGUACUUGCCAUUUACGUGUUAUCGCGGAUGUACUUGAUAUAUGACAAGCGCAAACGAUUAUCUAAGAAGAUGUGUCUGUUCAAGAUCAGUCACUCUAAUGUGGAGUUUUUGUCCGUCUUCAAUGAAAUCAUGACGAACAAGAAAGAGGUGAUAUUUGAGGAAUUGAGUGAUGAAGACGGGAAAAUAGGGGUUAAGAGUGAGUCGAAGGAAUUGCUGUGUAUUGGCUCGUGUUGUGAGAGCACAUUAAAAGUCCAAAUUUCGAUCAAAGACAACACGAAAUAUCAAUUAAGGACGAUCCCAGAGGUCGCAACAUUAGUAAAAGGAUACGCCUGCGAAUUUGAAAUCUUUUUAACACCACUGUGCUCGUGUUAUAUAGAAGACGAUGUUCUUCUUGUCGUCAAAAAUAUGGAACUUGGGACGGAGAAUAAUGUUCAUAUGAAAAUUAAAGCGGAGACGUUGUUGACGACUAUUUUAGACUAUGAGGAAUUACAAGAAGAAAAGAAACUUGGUGCUGGGAGUUUUGGAAUCGUUUAUUUGGGGACUUUUAGAGGGCAAAAAGUUGCUAUUAAAAAGAUGAAAGAAAAGGAAGACUCAAAUAACGCAAUGGAGGAAUUUACUAAAGAAGUUGACAUGUUAGAUAAAUUUAGAAGUGAAUAUAUAGUCCACUUCUAUGGAGCUGUAUUUAUCCCAAGUAAGAUCUGUAUGGUCACUGAAUUUGCUCAAUUUGGGUCUAUUGAAGAUUUAAUGAAACACAAAACGAGUGAGGAAAUGAGUGAGAAAUUAAGAAUUAAAUUAAUGAUAGACUCAGCUAAAGGACUUUCAUAUUUACACACUAAUGGAAUAUUACAUAGAGAUAUUAAACCAGAUAACACUUUGGUAUUUUCUUUGGAUUUGAAUGAAAAGGUGAACGCUAAAUUGACUGAUUUUGGAGCAUCAAGAAAUAUUAAUAUGAUGAUGACUAACAUGACUUUCACUAAAGGAAUUGGUACACCUAAAUAUAUGGCACCUGAAACACUCGAAAAAAGAAAUUAUAAAAUGCCGGCUGAUAUCUACUCAUUCGGUAUGACUAUGUAUGAGGUGUUCGGUUGGAAAAGUUCAUAUCCUAAAGAUGAAUUUAAAUACCCGUGGGAUGUCGUGACUUUCGUGACAAAAGGUUGGAGACUUAAAUUAAACGGUUUGAACGAAAAAUUCGCAGAUGUCAUUAACGCGUGUUGGCAACAAAAUCCUCAUGAUAGAAUACUAAUUGACCAAGUUGUGGCUAUGCUAGAAGCUAUUUAUAUGAAUUGA